UUCAUGAAGUGCUAUACUCUCAGUCCUAUACCUGGGGCACUAAACCAGAGACUACUGAGGUGACCAUUUUUGCUGGCAGACUCUUCUUGGAGAUGGGAGAGAGGGGGUUUGGAUGGACGAGCCUGGAUACAAAAGGACCAUUAAGCCCACUUGGGAAUGAGACCCUGGAAGCAAACAAGCUAUACUCGCUAAAUGACUACAAACCACCUAUUUCCAAGGCUAAAAUGACACAGAUUACCAAGGCAGCAAUCAAGGCUAUUAAGUUCUAUAAGCAUGUGGUUCAGAGUGUUGAGAAGUUCAUUCAGAAGUGUAAACCAGAAUACAAAGUGCCUGGACUUUAUGUUAUUGAUUCCAUCGUGCGACAAUCCCGGCAUCAGUUUGGUCAAGAAAAGGAUGUGUUUGCACCCAGAUUUAGUAACAACAUCAUCAGUACUUUCCAGAAUUUAUAUCGAUGUCCUGGCGAUGACAAGAGUAAAAUAGUCAGAGUUCUAAAUUUGUGGCAGAAGAACAAUGUUUUUAAGAGUGAAAUUAUUCAGCCUCUUCUGGAUAUGGCAGCGGGCAUUCCACCUCCAGUCGUCACCCCUGUCUUACCUUGUACUACAGCCACAAUGAGCAACAAUACCCCAGGAACUCCUGUGACCCCUGUUACCCCAGCCAACGUUGUGCAAGGCUUACCUGAUCCAUGGGUGUCUCAGAUAACCAAUACGGAUACGCUUGCUGCCGUGGCCCAGAUCUUGCAGAGCCCUCAAGGUCAACAGCUUCAGCAGUUAAUUCAGACGCUCCAGAUACAGCAACAGAAGCCCCAGCCUUCCUUACUCCAGGCCCUGGAUGCUGGUCUGGUUGUUCAGCUGCAGGCCUUGACAGCGCAACUUACAGCUGCAGCUGCAGCAGCUAAUACACUCAACCCACUAGAACAGAGUGUUCCUUUUAACAAGAAGCUGAUGGACAGGUAUGACUUUGGAGAAGAUUCUGAACAUAGCGAAGAGCCUAAAAAGGAAACCCCUACUUCUCAGCACUCUCAUGUUUCAGAAUCAGUGAACAACUCAAUUUUUCAUCAAUUAGCUGAACAAUUGCAACAGCAAAAUCUUGAGCAUCUUCGACAACAGCUCCUAGAGCAACAACAGCCUCAAAAGGUAGUAACUCAGGACAGUCAGGAAGGAACAUUCGGUUCAGAGCAUUCUGCUUCACCAUCUCAGGGGAGUAGCCAACAGCAGUUUCCUGAACCAGAAACAAACCUAGAUGAUACAAUGGAUAUUCAGCAACAGGAUAUGGAUAUAGAUGAAGGGCAAGAUGGAGCUGAAGAAGAGGUUUUUGAACAAGAAGAAAAGAAAGUUGCUGUUCGUUCUAGAUCAAGGACACACUCAAGAUCUCGUUCAAGAUCACCAAGAAAACGAAGGUCCAGGUCCCGGUCUGGUUCUCGAAAACGCAAGCACAGAAAGCGAUCACGCUCACGAUCAAGAGAAAGGAAGAGAAAGUCAUCACGAUCAUACUCUAGUGAAAGGAGAGCUAGAGAAAGGGAGAAAGAAAGACAAAAAAAAGGAUUGCCCCCUAUACGAUCUAAAACACUAAGUGUCUGUAGCACUACUCUCUGGGUUGGCCAAGUCGACAAGAAAGCGACACAACAAGAUUUAACCAAUCUGUUUGAAGAAUUUGGACAGAUCGAAUCUAUUAAUAUGAUUCCUCCCAGGGGCUGUGCCUAUGUCUGCAUGGUACAUAGACAAGAUGCCUAUCGGGCUCUUCAGAAACUUAGUUCUGGGUCUUAUAAAAUUGGGUCCAAAGUUAUUAAGAUUGCUUGGGCCUUAAACAAAGGUGUAAAAACAGAAUACAAACAGUUCUGGGAUGUGGAUCUUGGAGUAACAUAUAUACCAUGGGAAAAAGUAAAAUUGGAUGAUCUAGAAGGCUUUGCUGAAGGAGGAAUGAUUGAUCAAGAAACUGUUAAUAGUGAUUGGGAAACUGUGAAGAGCUCAGAGACUGUCAAAGAGACUGUCCCUACUACUCAAAGUACAACAGUUGAAAAGACUACAGUGGUAACAACACAGACAGAGACAUACACUCAGCCUGUUGCUAUGCUGCAGAUUCCAGUCACUCCAACUGUACCUGCUGUGAAUUUAGUGCCACCCACAUUUCCUGUGUCAAUGUCAGUUCCUCCACCUGGAUACAGUGCAAUCCCACCACCUCCUUUUUUGCGAGCAAGUUUCAACCCUUCACAGCCACCUCCUGGUUUCAUGCCUCCUCCAGUUCCACCACCUGUUGGGCCACCACCUACUAUUCCACCAGUUGUACCAACAUCUUUAGUGCAACCCCCACUAUCUAUUACUUCGGAGACGCUGAAAGAUGUUCCUUACAGUAGCCUUGUUUUACCAGUUGGUUCGGUUUCUAGCAGUUUGGUAACUCAGACCUUGACAGCUGGAAGUGUUUUUAAUCCUCCAAGUCACCAAACGGAAGCAGAUGAGAAAGGGUCACAUCUCCCAGACCAUCAGAUUUCUUCUAGUGAAUGCACUAGAUCAGUGAUUCACAAUGAUGUUUCGAGUAGCUCUGGAAUUCUGGGAGGGCAGCUGCCAAAUGUGUCUAGCAGUUCUGGAAUUUUGGGAGCCCAGCUACCAUCCGUGUCCAGCAGUUCUGGAAUCCUGGGAGCACAGGCACCAAAUGUGUCCAGCAGUUCUGGAAUUCUGGGAGCACAGGCACCACCAAAUGUUCCAAAUAAUUCUGGAAUCCUGGGAGUACAGCCACCAAAUGUCUCAAGUAGCUCUGGAUUACUUGGGCUGCCUCCACCAAAUAUUUCUAGUAGUUCAGGACUUCUGGGAAUUCAGCCACCAAAUGUUCCAAGUAGUUCUGGACUUCUUGGAGCCCAGAUGCCAACUGGGGCUCAGAAUAUGCCUCAUUUAAAUAUUGCUACUCAAAGAAUGCCCGGGAUACCAAUUCUAGAUAUUCGUCCAGGACUAAUUCCACAGUCCCCUGGACCAAGAUUUCCAUUGAUUCAGCCUGGAAUUCCAGCCCAGCGAGGCAUUCCUCCUCCAACAAUUCUUGACCCAUCUCUUCAUCCACCCCCCCGUGGUCCUUUCCCGCCAGGAGAUAUUUUCAGUCCGGCUGAGAGACCGUUCAUAAAUCCUGCCAGGCAGAAUCUCGAUAGUCUCUCUAAUCCCGAGAAAAGGCUGUCCCUUGGGAGCGAGACUAUCCAACAGGAAGGAGAUCGAGAUUAUCGCUUUCCUCCGGUAGAAAACAGGGAGAGCCUCAAUAGGCCACCGCCAGUGGAUGUUAGAGAUGUAGCAGGUCGGCCCGUAGAUCCAAGAGAAGGUGCUGGGAGGCCUCCUAUAGAGGGAAGGGAACAUUUUGGAAGACCGCAUAUAGAGAUGAGAGAGAAUCUCACAAGACCGGGGCUAGAUAAUCUCGGGCGAAGAGAUCAUUUUGCUUUCAAUGCAGACAAGCCCUGGGUGCCUAGAGGAGAUUUUGAUGAGAGGGAGCAUCGGGUGCUCCCUCUCUAUGGUGGUCCAAAGGCCUUCCAUGAAGACCGAAGUAGAUUUCGUCAUGCAAACUUCAGAUUUGAUCCAAGAAGUGGUCCCAUUUGGAACAGAGGAUUUGGCCAAGAUACUCACAGAGAUUUUGAUGACCGCAGAAGACCAUGGGAAAGACAGAGGGAUAGGGAUGACAGAGAUUUUGAUUUCUGCAGAGAAAUGAAUGGGAAUCGCUUUGGAAGAGACAGACUGCAGAACAGCUGGGUCCCCCCUCCACAUCCACGGGCUUUUGAUUAUUUUGAAGGGGCCGCUUCUCAGCGCAAGGCCGAUAACGUGCCCCAGAUAAAUGGCGAAAACACUGAGACAGACACUCAACCUCCAGCUGUGCCAGUGCCGAACGAUCCUGAACUUUUUGAAAAAAUCACAUCUUCAAGUGAGAUAAAGAAAGAGAAGAAUGACACAGAAGCUGAUAUAGAAAAUGACCCAGUGGUAGAAAGCACAGAAACUGAGGGGACAUAAUCAUCACUCAGUAGGUAAAAGAUACCUUUUGUAAAGUUGUCAUCUCUCUGUAAUAGAUUAUGGCUGACUGGACCGUAGUAGAUCUCUUGUGUCUGCCAGGAUUAAGUUAAUCUGAUGAUGUUCAUGUGCAUCUUUCACUUAAAUAAUUGUACAACUGACUUGUAUAGACACUGUUUUUAAUUUGAACAUGGUAGGUAAACAUUUUUUUAUUUCUCUGAUAAAAUGCAAAUGUUGCCCCAAGAUGCUUUUAACUUCAAAAAGAUGAAUAACAGCUUGUCAAACAAAGACUUCCUAUGGAAGAAAGUGAAAUUUUUAGCUAUUACCAUUAGGUUGGAUAUGGAAAUUGAUAUACUUGAAAACAACAGGUGUUUGGUGUAUCUUGUCCAUGUUUUUAGGCUGCUGCAGAAUUUUAAAGUAUAGACAAAGCUGUGAUAUUUUAUGUUCCUGCUAUUUGGCAAAAAGAAAAAAAAAGGAAGCAAAGACUGGCUCUGGUUAUUUGAGGAGCACAAUACAGAGAUUUAAAACGCAAAAUGAUUUUGUAAAUCUACACUAUGGUCUCUGUAAUCUCCAAAGUAAGUGUCUGUGAUUUGUUCCUCGUACUAUAGUGAGUAAAAAAGAAAAAGAAAAAAAAACAUAUAAACAAAAAUGAAAACCAUACGCUUCAAUGUUGGGUGAAUUUUGUUUUUAGAUGCCAAUAAAACAUAUUUGUUUGAUAACAGUGUUCUAGGCAUUGUAUUUUUUUAAACCUACAAUUUAUGAUGAAAACUCUGGAUCAGCAGCAGUACAUGCUUUAGUUGUUCCAAAAGGUUGAUGUUACUUUUGUAAGAUCAAUGCAAGAACAGUGCGGUAGAAAAAGCAUGUACUUUUUAUAUUGGAAACCAUGCAGUCUUAUUAGAAUGUGUAUAUAAUUUAUGUAUGUACAUAUUGAUUGUGUAAACUGUAUGUAGAUAUUUCUAUUUCUCUGGGUGUCUGUACUCGUGCACAUACUCACAGAGAAAAAUAGGCAGUUGAAUAAAAAUUUAGAUGAUGAUAGAUGGUCUAACACUUGUUAGCAAGAAAAUUAGAGAAAAUGGAUUCUUUCAAAAUCUAAAUUACUCGUGCUUAUAGUUACAGUUUACAACUUUGAGAAGGUGGAACCUGCAACACCGUAAGGAAAUACAUUAGGAGUUUGGCUUAACUCUUUUAAAAUUAGCUAUGCAUGAAGCCAAAUUUCAGGCAAAUCUUUGCUUGUCUUGUUUUGUAAUGUGUUUGGUGUUCUGGAUAGAUAGUGGUAUAUUAAAUUACUUACUGGUUAUUUGCUUGCAGUGACUUUCUGAAGUCCAGAAUUGUUGCACGAAAAGUGUAAUUCUGUUGUUGGAUUUUUUAAAAAGUAUAUACCAGAAAAUGAGUGGACUGCGUAUUUUGGAGGCUUAUUGGCAAAGUAGAACCUCUGAUUAACAUUAUUCAGAUGAACCUCCAAGGUAAAUCAAAUAGUGGUAGCAUUUUUUCUAUUUUACCUAUUUUGUUGUUUGUAUCUUUCCCUUUAUGUUUUAUUAUAACCACUAGCAAUCAAGAAGGCACUAGAAGGAAGCUUUCUUCUAAUUAGUAAUCCCUAGAAUUUAUCCUUAAUACCCAGCUCCCAAAGUCAUAAUUUACCAUCUAAAGUUUCUUUGUAAAAGUAAGCAACAAUUCAGCCGCAAAAAGUUGUUUUGUUCUUUCCAGAAAAUAGCAUAGGCUAUUUGAUUUACUUUUCCUAGUUGGAGGAAGGAUAAAACUAGUUUGGCCUUUAUCAGAGCACUCAAUCCCAUGACUAGAAUGUUCUGAGAUUUGAAGCUUUCUGUUGGGGAGGGGCUGGGAAGAGGUGGGGAAACUGUGACACUUGAAUGUGAGGUUAAAAAUUUCAGCAUACAGAAAAGCUAGUUGACUUUUGCACAUUAAAAAAGAAACUUCAUUUUUUAUGGUGACAUAGUUCAGUUUCUUAGUGAGCACAGUUUCUCUUAAAGAAAUUGGUUUUGGAUGCAUUUACAAUUCUUAAAAAGUCUGGGCAGUGAACAUCAUCUGUAUUAAGUAGCAAUGAGACAUCGUAAGCCUUUCUGAGGCUCUGACUUCCAGGCUUUGCAUCUUCCCGGGGGCUAUAAUCCUUCCUGCUCUUAAGGACAGUGUGUGUUCAGAAGUGCCCUGGUUUGAAGCUUGCUUGGGCUACGGGUGUUUGAUCAUCUAGUCUUGUUCAGGAAUCCAGCAAGCAUGCGUAAUUUUGUCAAGUUUCUCAUUUUCUUGCUUUUUAUUUUGAUCUUGGCUUGACAGUUUUAAAGGGUUAGAUAGAUUUUAAGUAAGGACAUUCUCAUUCAUCAUACUGAGAUCCAGAACGGGGAACAUUACAGUAGUUUUGCCUUGCCAAUUGUCUAUACUUGGAAAGGAGAUAGAAAAAUUUGCCUCUCUUGACAGGAGUACAUCGGAGUUGAUAUGUACAUAUUAAUUCCUUGUUGCUUGUGAACACAUUUCUGUAUAUUUCGAUGCUUAAAGCUUCCAGGGGAAAUUCCACUCUGAUGAAAGGGGGUUAAAUGGUGAAGGAGACUAAGUUCUGCACCCAAGUACAUGAUUUCAUUCAUUUGCAGUUUGCUGGGAGUGGCAGGAUGGUUGGGCUUCCUGCAAUGUGUAUUAGUCAAGUAGUUAAAUGCUAAUUUUUUAACAUGUUUGUAAAUGUCUUAACAUUUCAUUGGCGUUUUGUUCCUAGCAUAGAUGUACACUGUUGCCAAGAGUUGUUAUGAUUAUUAUGUAGAAUAAAAGUUGAUUGUACAGCAAA